AUGCACGAAGAAGUGACCCCGUGCUGCAGGGGCCCCCCCCAAUCGGGCGGAGGGCAAAAGGAGGCGAAGGGAAAAGAACAAGAAGCCUCUUCCCCUGGGUGUCCGCGUGGAGGCCUAGCCCAUCCUUUAGAAGGCCCUCUGCCGGCUUGGGUGCCUGCAUGCGUCACCGAGCUUCUGGCCCCUCCAUGUCGUGUCUGCGAGAUAGCAGUAUUGCCCUGUGAAGAGUUUCUGGCGGUCUGCCCCCAGCACUGCCAUGUGACCAGUGGUCCACUGCAGCCGGCGCGGGGAGCCGCUCCCCAGCCGCAGGCUCCUGUUGAGGGCCCGGGAAGGCAGCGGGAGGCCGACCCCCUACAUAAGGCAGAUUCUUGGGAUCAGGGGCCCCCUGAGACUUCAUUUAACACUUUUUCAGGAGAAAAACACUCAAAAGAUGCCUCUAUUGCUCUGCUUUCCGCCCACGGGCCUGCACACGGCGUGCUAUGCUCCCCGGCAGAGAUGGGCACAGGGAGUCCAUUAGAAAAGCCCGCAGAGUCGUUUGGAGAGGUCGAGGAAGUGGCUCUGGCGCUGUGCGAGUGCAUUCUCUUUCGACUGCAUGCAGCUGCCCGGGGGGCCCUUAAGCCAUUUCUCACAGAAACCUCUGUGAACCAGCAAGGGGGGCCCCCCCCCUCUUCGCUGCUUCCCGUGGGCCCCUGCAGGCUGCUGCUGACACUUACAGGCGAAACCCAUGUAGGAUAUAGUGCUGCUGAGAUGCGCUUGCUGUCGCUGCAGCAGCAGGAGGCGCUUGAGGGGCCCCAGGGGCCCCAGGCCUGUCUGCUGUUGAGGGAGCCCAAAGCAGCAGCCACGCCCUCAGCAACGGCUGCAGAUGCUGCAGCAGCAGCAGCAACAGCAGAGCGGGCAUCGACGCCCGCCUGUGCGCAGCAGCACUGGGCUGCUGCUGCUGUUGCCAGUGUUCUCGAAGAGCUGCGGGCCUCACGCCUGCCGCUGCUGCUUCACCCAAAAGGGGCCGAGCUUUGGGCUCUCAGGCGCCAGCAGCUGCUGGUGUGUGUCCGCCUCCUGCUGCAGCAACAGCAGCAGCAGCAGCAACCCAAGGUGCUUGGGCUGCUUCAGCCACAAACCACCGCGGCAGCUGCAGCAGCGGGUAGAAAUGCUGAGCCGGACUUGCCGCGCGAGAUCCGUUGGCUCGUGAAGACAGCUUCGCAGGGCUUGGGGUGGCAUCAGCAGCAAUUUGACAUCAAGCAGCAGCAGGUGAAGCAGCAUCAAGAUCUGCUGCUGCUGCUUUUGAGGUGCGAACUGGGUUUUUCGCUGUGGCACCUCAGGGUCCGCAGCCACAGCUACCAAGCAGCCGAACAUGCCCACAGGGUGCUGCAGUUCUUCCAAAGCGAAGCGUCGAAGGCUGCUGCUGCUGCUGCUGCUGCUGCUGCUGCAGUGAUAGACAGCGCCACGCUGCCACGGAGUGGAGUUUCUGUUGAGCAGCAGGGGAAAGUUUCUUUUGGUUCACAUUGCCUCGCGCAUGAACUGAAAACGGAAGAAAUGCUUUUCUGGAAAUAUGUUUGCCAGACUAUACCGUCUCACUUCGCCGGUGGGCACCAGCUGCUGCGACUGCUCUCUGUGGAUCUGCAGCAGUUGCUGCAGCAGCAGCUGAGGCAGCAGCGUGCCGAUGCAGCACCGCUGGAGCCCUCUUGGAUUGUUGCGCAGCUGCGCGUGGGAGGCGCUGCUGCUUCACGGGCUGCCGAAACAGCUGAAGAAGGACGACGCAUUCUGUCGCUUUUUCCCACUUGUGAAGCAGCUUGGAGGUUGUGCACCUAUGCCUGCGUCUGCCUCAUAAAGUGGGCAGCAGCAGCAGCAGAUGAAUGCAUGCGGCAGCAGCCGCCGCAGCUGCAAAAGCAGCAGGAGGAGCAGUGGGCAGUAAUAAAGGCCACAGUGCUUCCCCCCUUGCAGGCAUUGGUGCAGGCAGAGGAUGACUGGGCCUCGCACAUGUCUGGUGGUCGUUUUUCGCAGCGCCACAAAGAGACCCUCCAAGAAGAGCUCGAUAUGUUUGUACAGAUAGAAGCCCGCAACUCAUCGCAAUGCGUCUCCUGA